AUGUACACCUCCCUCUUCAACUCUGAAUCUUUUCUCGCCGCCACCCUCUUCAUUGAAUGCCUCGUUCAAAAAGAAGAACACAUCUGCACCCUCAUCAAGACCUGUCACGAUGACCCUACUCUCUCCCUCGAUCUCCACCUCAUUUUAGAAGCUAUUGCCACUGAAAAACAUCUCAAAGGCAAACUCGGAUACAAGGACGAAAGCGUCCUUAGUCUCCACCAUAUGGUAACUACUGCCAUCGCCGCCGCCAUCCGACAUGGCAUCCUGAACACCAUCAGGGACUGUGACAAACUCCCUGCUGUCCCAGACUAUAUCCCAAGCCAUUUCGCAGGGCGAGGGAUCAUACAAUACUUUGAGAAGUUCGACGCCGAGAUCCACGCCUACGGGAAGAAAUUCCCAACAUCCACUUGCAUCACUGCUCAUCAUCCUUACCGACGCACCCCUACUCCCCGCUGCUCGAAAUGCAAGAGACUUGGUCACAUUCGACACACUACCCCCAAUUGCGAAACGAAGAAGAAGUCCGAUAAGGCAUGGGAAUGGGAGAAGAAUAUGAGACCCGCAGGGUACGAUACUAUGACAGGAACACAGAUGUGGAAAGAAAGAAUCUAUGAUUGGACCAGAGUACCGAUUCACAGAAAUGAAGAUUGGAACACUCCCAGGAAGCAACCUGAGUUUGUCGACUUGACCUCCCCUUCGCCACCUUCUUCGCCAUCAAUGCAGCCUCUCUUCCCACCAACUCCGCCAUCAUCUCCUUCCUAUAAUCCAUACUCCCCUAUGACCCACCCAUCUCCUCUCUUCGACCUCAAAGACUUGGUCAGCGACUUUGACUCUAUCACUUCCUCGUCUGGCAAUAUCAGUGAUAUUGAAGUUUAA